UUGUGCUUAGUUUUAUGUAAAUCAGUUUCCGUUGAAGCUGGAGCCGUAACUACAUCGAGUCCGCCUACCACUGUGACGUUCUCGUUCAAGCCGAAGACUACGACGGAAAGCCAACCGGCUGCAACGAGCUCCACAUUCAGUUUUGGUGCAAAGCCUUUUGGUUUCGCAGCUGCAGCAGCCUCAGCAGCUGCCAGUGUAGAUACUGAUGAGGGUAUGGAUGACGACGGUGCUGCUGGCGGCACAUCCCAACCAACUAGCAGCCUAUUCGGUGGAGGCUUUAUGAGCGUCUUUGAAUCAAAGAGAGAAUCUGUGAAUUUGCAGUGGUAUUUGGACUCGGUACAAGCACAAAUGCAAAUAAGACAGUUGUUUGCAUUUGCGCGAAGUAGUAAUUUGUUGAAGAGUGCAGGAGCUAAACAGGAGACAACCUCGAUUUUCUCCAAAGGAGGCCAGACAUCGGUCUGUACAGGUGUUCGGCUCCAAUGCGCAGCGUCAUCAUUUGCGUCGGCAGCCCAAAAAGCUGCCCAGUCAUCUCCGCCAAUGACGUCUUCUGUGUUUGGAGCCGCUCCGAAAUUUGGUGGUCCACCAGUGUUCGGAGGAAAACCAGUGUUCGGAUCCCCCACACAAGCUUCAACGGCUUUCGGGGGUGGAGCUGCGACUGGUGGAGGAUUUUCAGCGGCGUUCCCAAAAAGAACUGUACUAAGAUCGGGUGCUCGAUCUUUUGAUCUAGGUUCUCUGGUAAUAAAAACCUGUUUCGGAGGAGUAUCUCCUAGCGGUGGUAGCUCUCUGUUCGGAGGUGGAAUGUCUAGUCAGACGCAACAGAAGACGAGCUCAUUGUUUGGAGGAGGGCAGCAGGCUAGUCGUUCCAGUACUGGCGCUGAUAUCCAUUGGAGCUCAACACGUUUCACCUUGAUAUCAAGUUGUUGUGAAAUUUAUUUUGUUACUCUGAAAAGUCAUGUUCUAUUUGGAAUGCUCUGUAAAGAAUUCUGUAUGGAGAUAUGUGUGAAGUCUAGUUGGGGUGGAAUAUGA